CUUUGCCUUGCUCUCUGUUUUUUUUUUUUUUUUUUCCUGUGGAUAUGGCACUCAAAAAUCCAAACAUUUCUACCAUCCAGGAGCAGAAGGAUGACAUGUACGAUUACCUGCUGGAACAGCUAAUGGUGUUCACCUGAAACCACUGCAGCAGCUUUAAAACCAGUUUAUCUGAGUUUACUUCUCAAAUUUCCUGAAAAGAAUUUUCUUAACUUCAUACUCAUUCUGAACAGAAGCUACAGGCUGUGUGGACUCUACCUUCUAAUCCACAUUUUCUCUAUCACUUACUCAGCUGUCACUCUGUCUGUCAUUGUCAGGAUAUCCCCUUCCCUCUUUCUAAGGUUUCAUAAUGCUUUGGGAUCUCUGCGAGGUCUGAUUCUUUUUUAGAAGCUGGGCGGAAUUUCAUCCCUCUUUUAAAAGAAUGAGGGGUAAUGACGGCAGCUUCACGAUGAGUUAGUACUGUGGGUUUGUGGCAAUGAUGGAAGGUCAUGGGCCACGCAGAACUUUGGAAAUAGCCGAGCUUUAGAUUUGGAUUAUAAAACCUUUGUUAAGGAUUUUUGUAGGAGCAUUGUUUGGACAUAUUGAUCAUAAUCAUGGGAAACGCAGCAGGAAGUGCUGAGAUUUCUCAGGGAAGGGAUAUUAAGGAGACGACGAUAACCAGCCCAGAGUGCACCGGGCCUCAGAAGCAAACGGCAGGACCGAAGCUUCCGAUGCCACCCGAGAAAGAGCUGGAGGAACGCUUCAGCGCUGCACUGAACACAAUGAAUCUUCCUCCAGACAAAGUGCAGAUCCUCUCCCAGUACGACAAUGAGAAGAAGUGGGACCUAAUUUGUGACCAGGAGCGGUUUCAAGUCAAAAAUCCUCCAUCUACCUAUUUGGAGAAGCUGAAAAAUUGUUUGGAUCACGGAGGAGUCGGUCGGAAGUUUAAGAGACGUGUUCAAGAAUUGACUCAGGUCCUCAGAGAGCUCGAGAUUUCCCUGAGGACCAAUCACAUUGGUUGGGCUCAAGAGUUCCUAAAUGAGGAAAAUCAGGGUUUAAAUGUGUUGGUCAAUUAUCUCUCUGCCGCUCAAAGGGCUGUCAUGUCUGACACAGAGACUUCCGACAACGGGACGCUGCCCUCAGAUAAAGUCAAUGCUUUAGACAAGUCGGUGGAAGACCUGUGCAGAAGUUCCAGCAACUCCCUGACUAACCACGGCGCAAGGCUUAGCAAGGGGUUUACAAUCAAGAGAGGCCAGAGGGCAACGCGUGUUAUGAGUCAGAAAGACGACAUUCACCUCUGCAUCAUGUGCCUACGUGCCAUCAUGAACUACCAGUCAGGGUUCAACCAGGUGAUGAAGCACCCGAGCUGUGUCAACGAGAUCACGCUCAGCCUCAACAACAGAAACCCCAGGACCAAAGCACUGGUGCUGGAACUGCUGGCAGCUGUAUGUUUGGUGAGAGGAGGCCAUGAUAUCAUCCUGUCUGCCUUCAACAACUUCAAAGAGGCGUGCGGGGAGAAAAGGCGCUUCGAGAAGCUCAUGGAGUAUUUUCGCAAAGAAGAAAGUAACAUCGACUUUAUGGUGGCAUGCAUGCAGUUCAUCAACAUCGUGGUCCACUCAGUCGAAAACAUGAACUUCAGAGUCUACCUUCAGUAUGAAUUCACCCAACAUGGCCUGGAUGACUACCUGGAGCAGUUAAAGUUUACAGAGAGUGACAGGCUGCUAAUCCAGAUCCAAGCCUACCUGGAUAACUUCUUCGAUGUGGCGGCUUUGCUGGAGGAUGCAGAGUCCAAGAACAGCCUGCUGGAGCACAUAGAGCAGCAGCAGGAGCUCAACACACAGCUGAGCUCCAAGCUUCAGGAGACUGAGAGGGAGGCGAUGCAGAAAGUCUCAGAGCUAGAGAAGAAGCUCAUUCAGACCGGCAAAGAGGUGGACCCCUUAAAGCAACCAGAUCGAGCGAGAGAUGGAUACGGGCCCUCUGAAGAACUGAAGGAGCUGGAGCUCAGAGUUGGGGCUCUGGUGGAGCAGGGCCUCUUUCGAGUGGAACGCUCCCCCUCUAGACGUCUGGUCUUUCAGGUGGUCCAGCAGGGGGCGCAAGGAGACACUGGGAAGGAUCAUGUAGAUGCUACUACCACCUCCUCACUAUCACCAGCUGCAGCUCAAACGAAGUUACAACCUCCUCCUCCUCCUCCCCCUCCUCCACUGCCUUCUGGAGGUGGUGUGGCACAGCAGACAGUGGGGGGCUCAGACAACAAACAGAAGAAGCCCAUUCAGACCAAAUACCGCAUGCCACAGUUCAACUGGGACGCCAUGAAAUUAGACCAGGUGAAGGGAACCAUCUUCAGCGAGCUGGACGACCAACACGUCUUACAGGAGCUGGACAUGGAAGCUUUUGAGGAGCAAUUUAAGACCAAAUCUCAGUCCCCUCCUGUAGAUCUGGGCACUCUGAAGAAGAAAAUGGCCCAAAAGACUCCCAGUGGAGCGUCUCUAAUGGAGCCCAACAAGGCCAAAAACCUGGCAAUCACUCUGCGCAAGGAAUGUGUGGCUGCAUCAGACAUCUGCAGUGCCAUCGAGACGUACAACCAGCAAGCCCUGAGUCUGGACUUCCUAGAGUUGCUGGAGCGUUUCAUCCCCACAGAGUACGAGAUGAAGCUUAUCCAAACCUAUGAGAGCGAAGGCCGGUCGCUGGACGAGCUCAGCGAGGAAGAACGGUUCAUGGUGCGCUUUGGCAAGAUCCCAAGGCUUUCCCAGAGGAUCAGCACUCUUACCUUUAUGGGAAACUUCCCGGAGAGCGUCCAGAGCAUCCAGCCUCAUCUGAACGCCAUCAUUGCAGCUUCAAUGUCUGUCAGAUCAUCCAGAAAACUAAAGGAAAUCUUGGAGAUUAUUUUAGCUUUUGGAAACUACAUGAAUAGCAGCAAGCGGGGGCCAGCAUACGGUUUCCAUCUGCAGAGUUUAGACCUGCUAACGGACACUAAAUCAACAGACCGCAAACAGACGCUGUUGCACUUCAUCGUCAGCAUCAUCCAGGAAAAAUACCCGGAGCUGCAGAACUUUUACACAGAGCUGCACUUCCUGGACAAGGCAGCGCUCGUAUCCUUUGACAGCAUCUUGAGGGAUCUGAGAAAUCUGGAAAGAGGCAUGGAGCUGACCAGGAGUGAAUUAUCAGCAGAAAAUGAGAAUCCUGUCCUAAAAACGUUUUUGAGCACCAAUGCUAAGCUGCUCGACUCUCUGACAGCUGAUGGAAAAACUGCUCAGACUGCGUAUGAGUCAGUUGUGGAGUACUUUGGAGAAGAUCCCAAAAUGACUCCGCCCUCUGAGUUCUUCCAUGUUUUCAUCCGGUUCAUCAAAGUGUACAAGCAAGCUGAGCAGGACAACAAGCACAGGGAGAAACAACAAAGUCCAACCUGUGAUGAUCAUUCAGCUCCUCCUAAAUCUGAAUCUCCAGGGCACAAGGUCUCAGUCAUGUUCAGACCACCUCAGAUGGAUCUGAUCGCAGAGCUGAAGAGGAGGCAGGGGUCUCCUUUGGUGAGGGAGGGGAAAGAUGGCGCCAUUGAGGACAUCAUCACUGAUUUAAGGAAUCAGCCAUACAGACGAACAGACGGUGCCCGUCACAGCUCCAAGUGGAAACCAGGUCAACAGCUUCAAGUAUCUUCAGACAUCUCCCUCUGAACACUAGGACAUCUCAGGCUUAAGGUGUUUAACAGUGAAGGAAACUCUUUCAUCUGUGUUUUCAUGUUAUGGUAGAAAAAUCACAGCUGCUUGUUUUCCUGCUGCUCACAGUGAACAUGGCAGCAGAACUGUUGCAGGAUUUAUAUAAUCAGAUGCAGAGGGCAUGAAAUUAUCUGCUUGAUGUUAAUGAUGCUGGAUGCCAUCUGAGCUAAUCAGGACAAUUACACGAAAGAGUGAGAUAGUCAGCUGAGAUCCGAUACAGAGGUUUCAUUAAUGAUUCACAGAUAUCGGAACCAGAACUGAAACAAAAUCGUAGAGGAAAAACCUGACAGACAGGCCGCUCAGAAUUAAGUUUUCAUUUUAAAUGAAUUUCUCUGACGUUCUUUGUGUCUGCAUCUGUGGUAGUUUUCAUAUAUUACGCUGAAGAUUUCAAUAAAUUAUUUCUUGCUUUGCUUCAGCUUUUGAAAAAAUAAAGUAUUUUAUACUGUCAA